AUGAUUAUCUUUGAUUUAGUUCGUAUACAAUGUCCAAGAUACGUUGAUGAACAAACUAUAUCAUCAACAGAUUCGUCGAACUAUUUUUUAUCAGAUAUAGGAGAAGAAGCAACAUUUGAUUAUCAAGGAACAUCAAUAACUAUUUCAGUGCAGUCAUUAAUAGAAACUCAAAAACUUGGAUAUGGAGAUUUCGGUAUUGUUAACUUGGCUGAAGUUAAAGAAUACCCAGAUAUAAAAAUGGCUGUGAAAGUGCGUGAAAUAGUUUUGUUAAGCAAAUUAUCAUAA